CACUACUGUCCCAACAAACAAAACAUCGAAUAGUUAAUUUCAUUUGUGAUGAGAUAACACAGUGAAUGGUCGCAGUAAGAGAUAGUUUACAACCUAACAUACAAAUGAUAUCGUCAUGAUCUUCCGAUAUUUAAUAUUGGCUCUUGGGCUAACUGCCGCAUCAGCUGGUGGUCUUCAAGCUUUAUUCCCGCAGUUGAAUCGCCAGUACUGCUUCACUUUGAAGACCAACUCAUCAUCAGGUAUCCUCGCGCCCAGAGAAGGGAAUUCCUUCUGGACAUUGGAAGGUAGAUUGCUGGUCACCGUUUAUGAUAAUUAUACGAAGGCAAGGUUCAAAUUGGAAGAUCUGAAGACUUCCUACCAGUCAGAGGAAGCAGCCAGUUUUCUAAAGAAGACAUGGGAAGCAGAUUAUCAGACAAAUGGCUUGAUCAGCGCCAUCUAUGUGGGCUCGGAGCCGGUGUGGGCGACCAAUAUGAAGAGAGCUCUUGCCAUUAACUUCCAAAUGAAAAAGGAAUCCGGCACAUAUGGAAAUUAUGAGCCCUGCUUAUACGAAAGCUGUUUGAUGGUGUACACUGUGGUAGGGGACAGCAUAAAGAAAUACUGCAGCGUGAAGGUCUCCUCGGCGAGGACUGAGCAUAGCUGGAGUUCCGUGCCCUGGACUCAGGAUUAUGAGGAACGGAAUGUUCCAGAGAUGGUGUCGACGUCAGAACGUGUUUAUAUACUAGAUGAGAACAGAGGUCUAAACAAUAUGGACAUGACAGGGAUGUUUCAAUACAAGAUACACGAUCAUAUUCUAUAUGUCGCUUCCGAAUUAUCCCUUUACUACGACACAGAUGUUCCUGUUGAAAGUAUGGAGAAGUUGGAACUGAUCAGGAGAGAUGUUCAGUACGACGCUGGAGAUUACAGGAAUCCUUCGAACUUCAUCAAAACUGUAACACAAGAAGACCUGAAGAAUAAUACAUAUGAAAUACUUUUGAAGAUAGCUAAGAAAGGUAUCGACGCUGACAAUAUAGUGAAGAACGAAGGCUUGAUUCAUACGAUGGAUUUUGUGGAUCUACUAAACACAAUGUCUCGUUUAACAUACGAUUCAUUCAAACGUCUAUUCGAUGAACUAGUCCUUGGUACCAGCUAUGAUCUGGAGACGGCGAGGAACAUCUUCUUGGAAGUUCUGCCUCACUCUAGAAGUGAUGCGUGCGCUCGUUUCAUCAGAUAUUUAGUGAUAGAACAAAAGGAGAAGAUAGAAGAUUCUUCUCUUCUUUCUUUACUUCGUAAGCUACCAUACAACGUUGCGGACUACAGUCAAAGUCUUCUAGAAGAAUUAGAAGUAUUCACUAGACUUGGUCUUGACUUUCCUCCUUCAAUACGACAUGCUGGUAUUCUAUCAUUUGCGACUCUCGCGUCAAAGACAAUGGACGCGUCUUUAGUGAAACAUGAUUACUUUGAUAAUGUCGUUGUAAAAUUCUUCAGGAUGUAUAGCGAUUGUCCUCAAUACUUAGACCGCAUGGUAUGGCUGCAAGGUCUCUGUACUCUAGGGUACACGGCUGACUCUUACAUCAGGACAAUUCAUGGUGACAUCACCAGGAACCGACACGAGAGACUCUGGGCCUCUUUAGCUUGUGGUCCUGAAACUGCUAAAGGAUAUAUGGUUAUAGAAACAGCUCUACCGAUCCUCACCAAUGAUAAAGAACAUAUCCAGCUUAGAGUAGCAGCGUUACAUUCUCUUCUUAGCUCUGAUAUCAGUGCCAGUGAUUUCCUCUUCAUCCACAAUUACAUCAAGGAUUGCAGUAAUGAUCAACUGAAGAGAUUCUGGUACUCCACUGUGAAGACCAUGGAGAAGAAUAAGUUCUUCCAUGGAUAUAAGGCUGCGUCUCUAUACGUCCCAUUUAUCAGUAGCCAAGUCACAAAUCCGGGGACUACUUAUUGGUCUACUAAUAACUUGGUCUUCACUGUCGGUGAUGAUGAAGACACAGCAUCAGUGCAUUUCUUCAGCGUAGGCGAACCAGACGGACCUAUGCCCGCUAUGGGUGGGAUUAAAUUGUCUACUGGGGGAAGAAGACCGUACCAACCUUCGAUUUAUUUCGUUGGUGAAGGACUUCCUUGGGUGGUGUUAAAGAAACUACUGCAAUCAAGAAACAUGAGCCAGGGUACUUUGAUCUCUAUGUUGGAGAAGUUAAGUGCAUGGAAAUUAAGAACUCCAGAGCCGGUUCAUAUAGAUAUAGUUGUGAAAAUCGGAGACAAAACGGUAUUUGCGAUGCAUAUCAACCAAUCGGAUUUAGAGGAGACGUACAACGAUAAAAUAUUCAAAUUCAUCGAUGAUUUCCUAAAGUUCGGUAGCCAUAUCAAUCAACAGUUAGUCUACUAUCCUUUCCAAAUGGAUUGGAACAUAGCCAGUGAGUUGGGUACCCCUGUAAGGCUUCAGAGGACAAUUGUAGGGUUUUCAUCAGUACGAGGCAAUCUUACUGCACACCCAGAGACGCAAGGACUCACCUGGGACAAUGACCUGCAAAUCACGUACCAAGGUACCGCUGUAACAUCACUAUGCACGGAUGGACCGAUCCUUCUUUCGGAGCACACGACCAGGAUCCAACAGUCUAUAGUUGCACUCCUGCCGAUGAAGUUCAACGUCUCCCAUCCCUUGAACGUGAAGAAGAUUGAAUUAACUCUGUUGUUCCCGUUCACACAGCGCGCUGGACUUGCUCUCCAUUCUCGUGUCAUGGUCAAUAUGGUCACCAUCGAUGGUAGCUUUGAAAAUAUUGUCAUCACCGGGAAAGAUACUUGCGAGAGAGAGCAUAUAGACGGAAUCAGUGAUGGCCGACCGCUGUCCGGCGCAGAGACCACUGACAAAUUGAUGACGCACGUCUUCGACCUACUAACUCCACUCAAGUCUUCUCAUAUCGCAUUAGAGAGCAUUCUCCUUCUCAAUUUCCCACCAUCAGGCACAUGUGGUGCCACCAUCUUCGUCUCCAGUCUCAAAAACUACGGAGAAGGAAAGGUGACAUUGGAACUUGGUGUUAACAGAUGGAACUUCUUGUCUGAAGAAGAUAAAAUCGACGUGGAUUUCAAUUUUGCGAUUAGUUUUUACAUUUUGAACCAGAAUCGUGAGGAGCCUGUAAUUAAGGUGUACUCAGAGACUAGUAUUAGCAGUCAGGACGGCAACCUGACAGCUGAAGUGGCAGUCAGAGGGAAAUUACCUGAUACAUUCCAUAAUAUCAGUGACAGAUAUGUCAGGCUAUGCUAUCUCCAAGAAGUAUCAACUCAAACAGCAGCAGAUCAAGACCUAUAUUCCUAUCCAUCGUCAUAUUUAGGCCAGAUAAUAUUGUUAUUGGAUUUCUCCAAAGAAUACAGGACUUGUUACGAAAACGCAGAGAAUAAACUGAAGAUAAGGUACAAGGGUACUCCAAGGAAUACAUCUGGAGUGUUGGAGAGGCAUGUUGAUUUUCAAAUAGAAGGGAAACAAGGUAUUGAUUUGGUGCGUCACGUGUUACCCAAAAGGGUCUUAGAGACUGCAAAGGAUCUGUUCAGUGGCAGCUAUAAUAAGGAUUCAGUAAAUGCUGAAGCUGAGAUGAAGGAGAAGAAUGGUAUGAUCCAUGUUAAGAGUAAGACUGGAAGUGAGGUUAAGUUCAGAUCUGACAAUUUGGAGUGGUUACUUGACAGCUUUACUACAAUGCAGGUCAUGACGAAGUAUGGAUUGUACCGUGAAUGUCGUCUACAAGAGUCUACGGUUGAAACUCUCUAUGGCACCACAGAACAGCUGUUACCAGUUCAGACUGACGCCAUAGCUUUGGCGGAUUGUUCGGAUUUCUCUAGCUUUGCCAUCCUUCGAGACCAAAAUGGUGGUGUCAAAGUAUACACUGGAUUGAACAGCAUCACUGUCCGAGGUGGUUCUGUAAAUAUAUCAACAGACGAACCUAAUUUUAGGGUACGCACUAUAGGUGAUGGAGUCAAGGUGACAUCACUUGUCACCGGCGUGACAGUUUAUGUCAGAUAUUCAGAAACUGUCAUCCUUGUACCUCAUUCGUAUAUGAGCACGCUUUGCGGAGAGUGUACAGGCAGGAGUAGUAAUUAUCUUGGAUAUGUAUAAAUUUUGACAGUGGAACUGUCAAGAUUGUAAUAAGUUGACAAUUGAUGUCAUAUAUUCAUCCAUGUAGACAAGCGAAUAUAUAAUGAACUUCAUAAAUAUAUAGAACUGCAGGGCUUGAUAAUGAUCUGAGGCGCGACAAUCACGUGACUACUAAAGAUAUUGACAGUUCUAUACAUUUUUGAAGUACGUAAUGUAAUUGCUUCGGAGCGAAUGCAGUUUUUCUACACCCGCUGGACUUCAGCUUGCAGCGAUCAGUUGUCAAUUUUUUGUAAUUUCUUUAAUCUUGACAGUUUGACAGUUUAACACUUUGACAGUUUGACAUGUUAAUUUAUCAAACACUACCUUUUGUCCGCUAUCUAAUUCCAAAAAUAGUUUUUGAUAUAUGUCUAGUAGUUUUUGAGUUACUUUGCAUUACAGACAUACAAAUCUUUCCUCUUUAUA